AUGAUUGCACCUGCAGCAACAAGCUUGUUUAAGAUUCUUCUCAAGUAUAGGCCUGAGGACAAAGCAGAAAAGAAGGAUAUGCUUUUGAAAAGGGCUCAGGCAGAGUCUGAGGGUAAAAUAGUUGAGACAAAGAAGCCUAUUAAUGUCAAGUAUGGUCUCAAUCAUGUUACCUACCUCAUUGAGCAGAAUAAAGCCCAGCUUGUUGUGAUUGCUCAUGAUGUUGACCCAAUUGAAUUGGUUGUCUGGCUUCCAGCAUUGUGUAGGAAAAUGGAAAUUCCAUACUGUAUUGUUAAGGGCAAGGCUCGCCUUGGAACUGUUGUCCAUAAGAAAACUGCAGCUGUUUUGUGCUUGACAACUGUUAAAAAUGAAGAUAAAAUGGAGUUUAGCAGGGUCCUUGAAGCAAUCAAGGCAAACUUCAAUGACAAGUAUGAAGAGUACAGGAAGAAGUGGGGUGGUGGAAUCAUGGGUUCCAAAUCCCAAGCCAAAACAAAGGCGAAGGAAAGGCUUAUUGCCAAGGAAGCUGCCCAGAGGACGACUUAG